AUGUCCGAGAGCGCGCCCGCUCCCGCUGCUGAGGCAGCGCCCGCCGCCCCGGCCCCCGCCGCCAAGGCCGCCGCCAAGAAGCCGAAGAAGGCGGCGAGCGGCUCCAAAGCCCGCAAGCCCGCGGGGCCCAGCGUCACCGAGCUCAUCACCAAGGCCGUGUCCGCCUCCAAGGAGCGCAAGGGGCUCUCCCUCGCCGCGCUCAAGAAGGCGCUGGCCGCCGGCGGCUACGAUGUGGAGAAGAACAACAGCCGCAUCAAGCUGGGGCUCAAGAGCCUCGUCAGCAAGGGCACCCUGGUGCAGACCAAGGGCACCGGCGCCUCCGGCUCCUUCCGCAUCAGCAAGAAACCCGGGGAAGCAAAAGAAAAGGCUUCUAUGAAGGAAAAAACCAAGCCCAGGAAGCCGGCGGCAAAGAAGCCUGCCAGCGCUGCCAAGAAGGCGGUGACAGCUAAGAAGAGCCCCAAGAAAGUUAAGCCGGUAGCCAGGAAAGCAGCGAAGAGUCCCAAGAAGGCGACAAAGGCUGUCAAGCCCAAGAAAGCGGUGGUAGCAGCGAAGAGCCCGGCUAAAGCAAAGGUGGUGAAGCCGAAGUCAGCCAAGCCGAAAGCUGCUAAGGCGAAGGCAGCGCCCAAGAAGUAAGCUCCUCCCUGAGGAAGCCUUGCUCCGCAGUUAAACCCAACGGCUCUGUUAAGAGCCACCCACUCUUUCUUAAACGAGCUGAAAUGCUGUGGCUGCCGCUGUUUUAGGGCGGUUUAAGCAGAGAGGUGUAUGGGGGGGAAACGGCUGUCUGCUCGUCGAUGUGCUGUUUGAGCUCGGGAACAGCUCGAGGGGCGCUUGAAUUGGUAGGGGCGGGGAGCAGCUCCCUGGUGGCUUUCAAAAUGCCCACAGGGCACAGGGACUGGUUGCGGAAGGGCUGAGCUGCUUCCUGGGACCGCUUCAGCCCCGCCCCAGAGCGAAGGAAGGCGGUGUGAGACUGGUGAUUUGUGUGCACGGAGCUCCGUCUCGAAUUGCUUGUUAAAAUGUUAGGCAAGUGUUUUAAAAACCGUCGUGGGUUUUUGUCACCUUAAUGAAAUCCAAGCCCUUUUUCUGAAAUUGUAGGUGGCUCUUAAAAGAGCCUUUGGGUUUCUCUUGCUGAAAGUCUGCAGCCUUGGUUGUUCGGUGCUCACUUGGCUUUAGCCUUGUGGCUGUCGGUCUUCUUGGGCAGCAGCACGGCCUGGAUGUUGGGCAGCACGCCGCCCUGCGCGAUGGUCACCUUGCCCAGCAGCUUGUUGAGCUCCUCGUCGUUGCGGAUGGCGAGCUGCAGGUGGCGGGGGAUGAUGCGCGUCUUCUUGUUGUC